AUGGCAAGACUCUAUUUAGGGAGAAUCCCUUAUAAUGCUCGCGAACGUGAUGUCGAAAGGUCUGUUUUUUUUUUCAUAAGUCUUAACGGAUUAAAAUAUAAAAAACUAAGAAACUUCACUAUCAGGAGGCUUUUCUAACCUCUGUUGAAGUUUUGAUAAUGCCGUGUUCAAAGUGAUUCCGCGAAAUUCAAAAUAGCCGUCAGAGAAAGAGAAAGAUAACUAAAUUUUGGGGGGUCAGAGACCAUUUUGCAUUUCGCGGAAAUUACUUUGAACACGGCAUAAAAUAUAGCUGAAAUGUGCAUUGAACCCCCCCCCCCUUUCAUAACAAGAAAAAUUGUAUCGAAAUAGAUCUUCUUUCCGAAUUUUCUGAAAACAGAAAAUACAACUAUUAGCAACUAUUAGCUUUGCUAAAACUAAUUAAAUAGUUUCAAGCUAAUGGCGUGUUCAUCGGAGAAACGGAACAGGCUUCAAAACGAAAAAUCGUGUUUUCGCUCUACCAAAGUUGCUCCAAAACAGUAUUGUUUUUUUUUUGUUUCAAAGCAAUGUUUUUUUUUCCGAUGUUCAUGCCAUGAAUAGUUACAACACGUCAUGCAAAAUAGUUGAAAAAUGAUGGAUUUCAAAAUUUCAAAGCUAUCUUUUAGGUUUUUGGAAGGAUACGGGAAAAUCGCGAAUGUCGCUCUAAAGUAUGGUUUUGCUUUUGUUGAUAUGGAAGACAUGAGAGACGCUGAAGAUGCUGUUCAUGAUCUGAAUGGUCGCUCAAUGGGAGACAGGUUCAUUUGAUCGAGCUUUUAGGCUUAUCUCUAAGUUAAUUCUUCAGCGGCAUGAAAGUGAUUGUUGAAAUUGCCAAAGGUCGUCCAAGAGGCAGUGACGCUUACCGCUAUAGAUCUCGCUCGCGCUCGCGUGAUCGUGGUGGUAGACGGCGAUCUCGCUCGCGCUCUCGUGAUCGCCGUCGUCGCUCGCGAUCUCGUAGCCGCGAUCGUAAACGUUCUCGUCGUUCACCAUCAAGAAGCAAAAGCCGUAGCGUAUCUCCUGCACGUGAGAAGAAGUAGGUUUUUUUUUCAGAGCUGUGUUUUCAUCCUCAUGACAUAAUUUUUCUAGAUAACACAUUUUCGAUCUCUCGCUCCCCUUUUAGACACUCUAAAAAUUUCGAGAAACAAAGGUUCUUAAAACGAAAAAUUUUUGACCGCAUUGCAACACUAUGCCCAGCGCACAGCUCUGCUUGGGUUUUUUUUAAUCAGUCAUUUUAUUCGAAAGUUAUAAUUAAGUCGAAUGCAGUGUUCAAAGCGAAUCCGCGAAAUGCAAAUUAGUCGUCGGAGAAAUUGAAAGAUAACUAAAUGUUUGAGAGUCAGAGAUAAUUUUGAGUUUCGUGAAAAUUACUGCGAAAAUAGCAUAAAAAGCAUGAUAAAAGUACUUUAAAGGCCGGUCAUUUCUGUGAAGUGACUUUUCUGCUUCAUUUUUCAUUUUGGUCUUCAAAUAGAUACUAAGGUUCAACUACACUGAACCAAAAAUACCGAAUGAAAAAUCUUCUAUGAAAAAGGCUGUGCUGUAAUGACCAUGGCUGUCCUUAGUUAACUUGUAAUUUUUUUUUUCCUAUUACAUUCAUUGUUUUAGGCGAAAGGAUCGUUCGGAGUCACGUUCAGUAAGCCCAGUCACCCGAAAAGACAAGUGAGUAACGAAAAGCUUAUUUUGAGCUUAAAUCCAGUAUUAUUGUUUCCUUCAGAAACAAUUCAAGUACAGCGCGCAUUCAAGAAGACUGUUUCACAAUUUCCCUGCGUUACGUACAACUACUAAAACAUCCCACGCUCUCAUUCUCAUAGACAGCAACAUUCAAUCAACAGCCGUUCACAGCCCAUACUGACGAGCAACGGUAGCAGCUCUUGCACAUAAGCAGUUUCAAAUCCACUUUUUCGGUAUCCUUUUCCUUGAAAAAAGUGUGCUAGUAUCUUGAAUGAAACGCGUUGAAUCACGCGAGCGAGAUCGCCAAUUUUAAGGGUUCUGUCUAGACUUUUUCCUGCGCCGACAAGAGAGGCGUUUUUAGAGUAUAAGAGAAUUAUAAAUUGCAGAAAACGCGAAGAAAAGUCUCGCUCCCGCUCCCGUAGUGCAUCCAGAUCGCCGAGCCCUAAAAAGUCAAAAACUGCUCGAAAGUCGCGCAGUCGAAGUCGUUCUGCUGAGAAAAAAAUUUCUCGAAGCCCGAGUCCUGCGGCUAAUGGAAAGGUAUGUUUUUUUUCUCAAUGCGCUUAUUUUUAACUACCGAUUUUCUUCUCAGUUUUGUAAUGCUUUUUUUGUUUUCAUUUUUGUAUUUUUCUGUCGGAAGAAAUUCGUGUUUGGAUUAUAAAAUGAAAAAAAAACUUCGUACAUCAUUUCAAACGUUUUCGAUGAUAUGAUGUUACUUCGAACGUUUCAAUGUAAUGAAAGCUCCUUUUUCAGAAUGGCUCUACGAGAGAUAAGAGUCACAGCCCUUCACGAUCGCGAAGCGCGUCACCUGCUAGAAGUGAAGACUAG